UAAACAUUGUUUGCUUCUCAAAUCUUCUUGUUCUUUAGAUUUUUAUUUUUAGGAAAACUGAUUGAUGGAGGGUCGGAGUGCAAUGUCUGAUAAUAGGGAGCUAACUUACCCUUCUUGGACCUUCGUCUUAGUUGGACGGACGGGCAAUGGAAAAAGUGCAACAGGGAACAGUAUCCUUGGACGGAAAGCUUUCAUCUCAAGAUCUGCCCCCGGAGGGGUUACAAGGUCUUGUCAACUUGAAAGAACCGUCUUAAAAGAUGGUCAGAUUAUUAAUGUCAUUGACACUCCUGGUAUGUUUGAUUUUUCUUCUGGAUUGGAAUUGAUGAAGCAAUGUAUCGAUUACGCUAAGGAUGGUAUACAUGCAAUCCUUGUGGUUUUCUCUAUUAGGAACCGCUUCUCACAAGAAGAAGAGGCUGCUUUUCGUAACUUGCUAGACUUCUUUGGAAACGAUAUUAUGGACCAUGCGAUUGUAGUUUUUACUGGCGGUGAUGAGCUUGAAGAAAAUGAUGAAACUUUGGAGAUUUAUUUGGGACGAGAUUGUCCACAACCUUUAAAGGCAAUGCUCGAGCUUUGUAAAAAUCGAUGUGUGCUUUUCAAUAACAAGACAACAGAUAAAGCCAAGAAAACUGAGCAACUUCAACAGCUCCUUUCUCUUGUUAACACUGUUUUGUCAGAAAAUGGUGGACGUCCGUAUAGUACCGACCGGUUAUAUAAAAAGGGGCUGGCGGAGUCAAUGCUCAAAGAGAUUACUGGGAAACAUGAACAAGAGUUGGCAAUGGAAAAAGAGGCACGACAACACGCCGAACAAAGAGCACAAUCAUUGGCAACUGUUGAAAUUCCUAAGCUGACAACCGAACUGGAAAAAGUAAAAAGCAAGAAUAAGGAGUUGAACGACGAAUUAGCUGCGCUGCGCAAGCCUGCUGGUGGCAGCAGUGGCAGCAGUGGCAAAAGUGGCAGCAGUGGCAGCAGUGGCAAAAGUGGCAGCAGUGGCAGCAGUGGCAAAAGUGGCAGUUGUACAAUUCAAUGACAUGAUUGCCGGCGUGGCAGUUGGUUCUAGGGAAUGAAGUUUAUCCAUGUAUAGUUCUAUUUAUAUAAUCCUCUUCCUCUCUCCUAAGCCGAAUAAAUUGUUGGAUUAUUA